CAGGCACCCGAACUCUCGUUGGUUCCUCCCGCCUGUUCUUACAACCUCGUGAUACUCGGAAAGUGAAAUUUCAUAUGCACAUGAAGCCCCCUUAUUGUGCUACAUGACAUUAAAAUAUCACCGAAGGGAGACCCUUGCUUCGAGUACAAGGGUACGAGUUAAUCUAUCCUUCACUACCUAACAUAUGCACAUGUAGGUAGAGAGAUGCUCUUACCCAAGUACCUCUAUGAUUUUGCUUAUCGUCACUGCCAGCAAUGGCGGGAUAUUUUCACCUUCAGAAGGCGUGAAAUCGUGAAAUCGUGAAGGCGUAUCCACGGAUGGAUGUCACUCAUUUGCUUUUCCUUAGCUUAUUGCCUCACAUGAAGCCAAAAAGUAUCAAUCAACUACUACAUACGUUCAGUUUUCCCUCGUGUGCUUUCGCUCCCUCCGGAUCGCUCCUUUACUCGAGUUUUUGCAUGCGAGAUUGCUUCGUCUUCACGAUACCGCCCCGACACCCUAAUCUGUCGGCGGCUCAGCAAAGUAUUCACCUUUAAUCCUAAGCGCGUGCGCGAAUAAUUUGCUGCAUAAUGGCUAUGGCUUCUUUUCGUAUACUAGCCUCGUCGUUGCUCUUUUUCAACCUCGUGCUGGCGGACUGCGAAUGCGGAUAUUCGAUAAUAACGCCUUCCGACGACAAACGAUACGUUUUCACCGAUAUAUUGGAGAGCGACUUCGUCCAUCUAGAUAUUACGGAUAAGGCUCAGGGUUAUGGGGAAUACGGUUGGACGCCGCAAGAGUUUGAUAUGUCGAGCGAAGUCGCGAGAGGGCCUUACGGUCAAGCGUUUACUACGCAAAAUGUGAUAUCAAAUAAUAUCGCCGACGAACAAAUAUUCGGUGGGCCUGGAGUUAAGGGCGGUGAUGCCGGUCUGAAGCUUGUGGUUGGAAGCGAAAUCAAAAACGGGAUGGUUCCCUGCGCCGACGUGUCCACGACGGAUGUUCAUUAUUUCCACGGAACUUUCAGGGCGGGUAUCAAAGUUACCGAUGUUCCAGGAACCUGUAGUGCUUUCUUCUGGUAUAUGAACGAUACUCAAGAAAUCGACAUAGAAUUCUUAUCAGCCGAGUUCAACAAGAGCAAUAACACGUUCCCAGUUAACCUCGUCCUACAAUCUCAGGAGUCGAAAGACCACGGGUUCGACGCUUCUAAAACGGGAGACUUCAAGACAAUUCACCUACCGUUCGACCCCACCACGGAUUUUCACGAGUAUAGAAUCGACUUUUUGCCGGACAGGGUGCUUUUCUACGCGGAUGCUCAACUUCUCACGGAGAUGAAGGGUGCUGGUGUGCCGUCCACUCCCGGAAACCUACAAGUGUCGCACUGGAGCAACGGGAAUGUAGGGUGGUCGCAGGGACCGCCCAAGGCAGAUGCUACAACUACAGUCAGCUACGUGAAGGCGUACUUCAACUCGUCCUUGAAGUCGAGGCAGGACGAUUAUACGAUGCGGUGUAAAGACCCGUCGGCCCCGAGGGCAGUCUGCGCAAUCCCGGAUAGAAACGCGACAUACUUCUUUGGUAAUGUCGCCAACAUGACACCUAACCAAACGACUUACCACGAGAACAACGGAAGGCGGGCGAGGCGGUGGCGACCUCUCCCAUUUGCUGCGGCUAUUGCAACUAGCACUUGGGUGGUUGGUCUAUAAAGUAUAAAGGAGUUU